CUGCUGCGCCCGCGACCGCUGAGAACAGUCGGAGAAGCUCAGCGCCUUAUCAACAGAGACAGCGGGUUAGUGCUGGUUUUGAACCAAAAUUAACCUUAAAAAAACGUGGUUUCUGCUUAUUUAAACAGAUUAUUAAGAUGUUUGGUGCACAGUAGAUAAAUCAUAUAUGUCAUAUUAAAGAGAAGUAUGCUUUAAAAGCUUUAAAACGGGCUAAAUGGAGGUGAGGUCGCUGGUUGGGUAUGGAGUGUCCUCGGAUUCAGAGGAGGAGGAAGAGAACGGCAGCAGCACACAACCCGAGAAGGAGAAUGAGGUGAAGGCUGGCGGCGAGAGGAAAACCCGGAAUUUCCUGCUGGAAUCCGGAUCAGCUUCCAGUGAGUCCAGUUCUGAAUCUGAACCAGAAGAUCAGGAGGAGGAGUCAGCUGAAGCUGCUUAUCCUGCAGAUAUAGACUCAUCCUCAGGGACUCCAGUCCUUCCUCCACCCUUCAGCUCUUCCUCCCACAAACUGCCCCCUCCUCCGCUGGGCCGGUCCGGCUCCGGUGGGCUCCCGGCGGGCAGCAGCGUGUUCGCCAACCCGUUUAAGGACAGAGCGGAGGAGAAGCUGAACGUCCUGCAGAAGCACGUCCCGCUCACCCAGCAGGCUCGGCCCAAUCAGAUCGGGGGGAAGAGGAUGUGCGUGGCCUAUAGGAAAGACGGACGCUGUCGAUUUGGAAUUCGCUGUAAAUUCGCUCACGACAGCGACCUGCAGAACAGCACCGGAUUAUCAACCGAACCGGCUGAACCAGACAAUAACGGAGCAGCGGACCAAACCGAGCCGGCUCCAGCCUCCUCACACACACUGGAGAUGGAGCGAGGCGAGGCAGACGAGGAAGAGGAGGAGAGUCGUAAGAGGAAGAAGCACAGAGUUGGACUCAGUAACACACUCAUACCCCCCAAACGGGCCCUGAAACAGUACACCAUGCAGCGGGACAACAGGAGCUCACACUGCUAACCCAGUCCCGGGAGAUCGGGGAAUUUCUGGAUUAGGAUUGUAGAAUUAUCAGUGUGGAAAUAUUUACAGAGUUACCAGUUUAUUAAAUACACCAGCUGUGUAUCUGCUGCACUAGGCCUGGGCAAUAUAACAACAUUUUAUUGUAUUGUGAUAUUGUGAAAUUUUGUUACUGCAAUUAAAGUAGAACUCUGGUGUGAAAUGGACUUGAGGUGUAGUGAAAAAAACAUGAUAAAGAGUACAAACUUUUGUUGAAUA